AUGAAGUGGAUGAAAAUACUUCUGGGUGUUCUUCUCUUUCAUCUGUCUCUUUCUCAGUCUCCCCAAGUGCAGUAUGUUCUGCUGGUCCCUUCUGUUCUCCAAGAAGGCUCUUUGGAUAAAGCUUGUGUUCAGCUUUUUAAUGUGACUGAGUUUCUUGUUUUGACUGUCUCCAUCAACUAUGGUGAGGUCCAGACCAAAAUACUUGAAGAGCAGGUUACAGGAGAAAAUGUCUUCAAAUGCUUCAGCUUUGAGGUUCCUCAGGCCAGAUUGGACCCAGUGGCUUUCAUCACAUUCUCUGCUAAAGGAGGCACAAUCAAUCUGGAAGAGAGAAGAGCUGUGGCAAUCAGCCCCAGGGAAAAUGUGGUCUUUGUGCAGACAGAUAAAUCCAUCUACAUGCCUGGACAGAAAGUGAUGAUUCGAGUUAUGUCUCUGGAUGAUUAUUUGAAGCCUGUUGAGGAAAUGUAUCCAGUAAUCACCCUCAAGGACCCACAGGGUAAUCAGAUACAACGGUGGGUUAAUGAAAAGGCUGUGAAAGGCGUGCUACCACUCUCCUUCCUGUUAAUCCCGGAGUCCAUCCUAGGAUGGUAUGAGAUCACCGUGGAGAUGGGCUCUGGAAACAAAGAAUACCACUAUUUCUCUGUGGAAGAAUAUGUGUUACCCAAAUUUCAAAUGACUGUGGAUGCACCAGGAAACAUCUUAAUUGUGGACUCUGAAUUCAAAGUUAAUGUCUGUGCCUUAUACACCUAUGGCAAACCGGUGGAGGGGAAAGUUCACCUUAGUGUAUGCAGGGCAUCUACUUUUUAUGGUACUUGUGGACCUCUCAAUUCACUCUGUAAAAAUUUUACUCUUCAGAUGGGGAAAGAUGGCUGUGUCUCCCAGCUUAUUAACACAGAUGCUUUUGAGUUAAAUCGGGAAGGAUAUCAGAGUUACUUUAAAGUAUACGUUCUUGUCACAGAAAGUGGAACAGGUAUUCAGCUUACAAAAUUCAUGUAUAUAAACAUAGACUCAUCAAUGGUGAAGAUUAGAUUUGAAAAUAUGGAGACAAUCUACAAACAGGGACUCCCUUAUUUGGGCCAGAUUAAAUUGCUUCAUCCUGACAACUCCCCCAUCCCAAAUGAAGUUAUCCAAUUGCACCUAAAGGACAAAAUUGUGGGUAACUACACCACAGAUACAAAUGGCAUUGCACAAUUUUCCUUGGACACAUCUAAGCUUACAUACCCAAACAUCACUUUGAAAGCAACCUACAAGGACAAUGAAAAUUGCAAUGCACGGGGGUGGGUGUUGCCUCGUUACCCACAAGCAGAGUACUUUGUGACCCGAUUCUACUCCAGGACUAAUAGCUUCCUAAAGAUUGUCCCAGAGAUGGAAGAACUGAAGUGCAACCAGCAGAAGAAGGUGACAGUGCACUACCUUCUCAACACGGAAGACCUUGAAGACAAAAUAUAUACAGUAAACUUCAAUUAUUUGGUUAUUGCAAGAGGUGUAAUUGUUCUUCAUGGGCAACAGAAAAUUGAGAAGAAAGAUGCUUCUAUGAAGGGCGUAUUUUCCAUUCCUAUAGAUGUUAGUGCCCAGCUAGCUCCUUCUGCAGUUAUGCUGGUCUAUAGUUUGCAUCCUGAAGGAGAAAUGAUUGCUGACACCACCAGAUUCCAAAUUGAGAAAUGCUUCAAAAAUGAGGUAUAUAAUCAGUUAAAUUACAGGGAACUAUAUGGCUAUUAUUUCAAAAGUUUGAACUUAGAAGAUGGCCCAGUAGUGCCAUGUCUGAAAAACGAACAAAUCCUACAUAAAGGAAUUUAUUAUGAGCCUGCGUUGGCUGACUUUGGAAGAGAUGCUUAUGAUCUUAUGAAGGCAAUAGGAUUAAAAGUCUUCACCAACUCUCAUCACCGGAAACCAGUGCUAUGUGAGGAUCUCAAACAUCCAGGCUAUGCUGAUGAAAAUUAUUCAAAACAUUUAACAUCUUCUCCUUUACCUGGUGCUGAAGAACUACUAUCAGAAUCAUAUUCUGAUCGUGCUCUUGGUGGAUCUUAUACUGAAACACUGAGGAAAUCAUUUCCUGAAACAUGGGUGUGGAGUCUUAUUACAACUGACUCCACAGGAAUAGCCAACCUUGGUCUGACGGUUCCCGACACCAUUACACAGUGGAAGGCCAGUGGAUUCUGCAUGAAUGACAAAGCUGGAUUUGGCAUCUCUCCAACCAUCUCCCUGACAGCUUUUCAGCCCUUCUUUGUUUCCCUCACUUUACCCUAUUCAGUGGUUCAAGGAGAAGCAUUCACUCUAAAAGCCAAUGUGUUCAACUAUCUGAACAAAAGUGUUCAGAUAAAUACUGUACUAAAAGCAUCUAGUUUUUACCAAGCCAGAUUUCUCUCAACCAAGGAUGAAAAUGAUUAUAUCAAUAGCAAUGAAAAAAAGUCCUUUACUUGGCUGGUUACCCCACAUAAGCUCGGUACAAUCAAUAUCACCAUUACAACUAAAACCCUGCAGAGGAGUAGCUAUGCCAACAGGUCAUCCAUGGGUCAGGAUAUUGGUUGGAAGGAUACAUUAAUCAAACCACUGCUGGUAGAGCCCGAAGGUAUUAAAAAGGAGGUGACACAAGGCUCACUUAUUUGCACAAAUGGAUCCACAGUAUCCCAAACAAUAACAUUCACUUCACCAGAAAAUCUUGUGAAAGAUUCACUGAGGGUUUAUUGGUCUGUUCUUGGAGACAUUCUGGGUUCUAUCAUGCAAAACUUACAGAAUUUUCUCCAGAUGCCUUUUGGGUGUGGAGAACAGAAUAUGGCCUUAUUUGCUCCUAAUAUUUACAUCUUGGACUAUUUGAAUCAAACUGAACAACUCACAGAAGAGAUAAAAUCCAAGGCUAUUGGAUAUUUGACCACAGGAUAUCAGAGGCAGAUGUCUUAUAAACACUCAGAUGGAUCAUAUAGUACCUUUGGACAUGAAGAUCAACAAAAAAAUACAUGGCUCACUGCAUUUGUAUACAAGUCAUUUGCACAGGCCAAACGCUACAUUUACAUUGAUGACAAAAUUCAAUCUCAAACACUUAUUUGGCUCUUAAGUAUUCAAAAAUCUGAUGGCUGCUUCAUAAAUCAUGGCAAAGUCUUCAACAAUGCUUUGAAGGGAGAAGAUAAUGAAAUCUCCCUCACUGCAUAUGUCAUCAACGCCCUGCUUGAAGCUGGUCAUCCAGUCUCAUUUGUGGCAGUUCAAAAGGGUCUCCAGUGCAUAGAGGCUGCAUCUAGGAAGAGAGUUCUGACUAUCUAUGACCAGGCUCUUUUGGCCUACACUUUCAGUUUAGUACAAUAUAAAGACAAAAGAGAAUUCCUCAUCAAUGAGCUGAGCAAGAAAGCAAAGAAAGCAGGUGGCUCAGUGUAUUGGGAACUGGAAGAGCGAAUUUCUAUGGAAGGCUCAUCCUCUUUCUACUAUCCUCAGUCUUCCUCUGCAAACAUAGAGACAACCUCUUAUGGCCUACUAGCCCUUCUUUCCAAGCCGAGGCUGACUUCAGAAGAGCUGUCCAGUGCUUCACAGGUUGUACAGUGGGUAGCAAAGCAGCAAAAUUCCUAUGGAGGUUUCUCCUCCACGAAGGAUACUGUUGUGGCUCUCCAAGCUCUAACUCUAUUCCAAAGGCUUACUUAUUCUAAGAACAGACAAAAUUUGGUGCAAAUUUCCUCUGACAAAGCAUUCAAUAUGGCCUUCCAAGUGAAUGAAGAGAACCGAUUGCUGCUACAACAAAUUCCAUUACCAGAAAUUCAGAAAAACUACACUGUGGAUGUGAGUGGUGAUGGCUGUGUGUACAUGCAGGUAAAUCUGGACUUUUUCCCCUAUUUAUCACAAUUGUCAAAUACACAUGAAACUAAGAAGUGUAGUAUAGCCAAUAUCCAGAUCAACACAACUCUGAAAUAUAAUAUCCUGCUGCCCAAGAAGUCAUCUGGGUUUUCCCUUUCUGUAAAUACAGCCAAUGCUUUCUGCAGAGGAUUAUUUGAUUCAAAGUUUGAUCUUGUGGUUUCAGCCAGUUAUUCUGGAAGGCACAACUCUUCCAACAUGGCAAUCAUUGAUGUGAAGAUGCUCUCAGGAUUUGUACCUGAUAAAUCUUCAGUUGAGAAGGUAAAGAAUUAA